UAUUUGUGUAAAAAUAAAAAUGACGGAAAAUUAUAUGCUCUAAAAUGCAUCAUUACAAACUAAAUUGUGGAAUAACAUUUAGAAAGCCAUUUAACUUAAGAGAAAACUGUACUUGAACAACUUUAAUUUCCUUUGAUGAUGAGAUUCAUAGUAAGAUUCAAAAUGUUCAACUAUAUAAAUCAAUGAAGGAUGAUAAUUUUAUUUACUUUCUAGUGGAAUACAUAAAGGGUUUGGAAUUGUUCGAUGUGAUAAGAGAUAUAGGAUUACUAAAUACUUAUGAUUCCUAAUUUUAUGUAUCCUCUUUGUUACUAUGCAUGGAGUAUUUACAUACUCACCAUAUUGUUUACAGAGAUAUUAAAUCAGAAAAUGUAAUGGUAGAUCAUCAUGGAUAUAUUCGAUUGAUUGAUAUGGGGACUGCCAAAAUUUUGAAAGGGAAAGGUCGAACAUUUACUAUUAUAGGAACCCCUCAUUAUAUGGCCCCAGAAAUUUUAAAUGGAAAAGGUAUUAUUAUAGUAAUGCAUUAAGGUUAUUCUUAUUCAGUAGAUUUAUGGAGUAUUGGAAUAUGUCUUUAUGAAUUUAUGUGUGGAGGAGUUCCUUUUGCAGAGGAUGCAGAAGAUCCAUAUGAAAUAUAUGAAGAGAUUACAAAGAAGCAAAUUUCUUACCCCAAUCAUCUUAAAGAUCGUAAGGCUAAAAAAUUUAUUGAUUAAUUAUUAAAUAAGACUCCAGAAAUUCGUUUAGGUGGGAGUUAUGCAGCUCUUAAGGCAAAUUCUUGGUUUGAUGGAUUAGAUUGGGUAUUUAUGCUACGUUAAUAAUACUUAGGAUAAAUUAAUGGAUAAAGAGUUAAAGCCUCCCUACAUUCCACCUAAGGAUAGAUUAAUUGGAGAAAAAGAAAUAGUAACAAUAGAGAAGCAAAAUAAGACCAUUUAGGGAGAAAUAAAAAAUGUAUACUUUUAAAUUGAGGACUAGGAUCUUGGAGAGAAAAAUUUAUAAAAGAAGGAAUUAGCUAACGAUCCUAAUUGGGAUGAGAAAUUUAAUUGA